UCAGAUCCAUACAGUUAAACCCUGAAAGUUGAAACCUUGACCAGCGACUAAAACCCUAAAUCGAACUCUUCUUGUUUGUUGUCUGUUUAACAGAAAAUAAAAAUGGAGGACACUCAACCUGAAGGAGGAGAAAACAACAGAGACGUAGAGGUAGCUCCGGCCCUAAUUUCAGUUCACCCGACCCAGGAUUCCGUCGCUGUCGCAGUCGGGUCAGACCUCCGCUUCUUCGACCUCCGAGGGAAUUGUGGGGUUACUUUGGUGGAUGAAACUGGUGAGGCGUUUCAUAAGGAUUCUAUAAGAGCCAUCCGCUACGGUGCAAAAGGGAAACUGUUUGUAUCAGCUGGUGAUGAUAAACUUGUGAAGGUUUGGUCCACUGAUUCCUGGCGCUGCAUUGCUUCCGUGUGUUCUGAGAAGAGAGUGAGUGCAGUUGCCAUCAGCAAUGAUGGACUGUAUGUUUGUUUUGCUGACAAAUUUGGAGUUGUUUGGGUGGUGGAUCUGCGUGGACUUGAUGGAAAUGAGACUUUGGUCAAUAAAAAGGCAGCGCCAUUGCUCGCGCAUUAUUGCAGCAUCAUUACUAGCCUGGAAUUUUCACCUGAUGGAUGGUUUAUCGUUACUGCAGAUCGAGAUUUUAAGAUCCGGGUAACUGUGUUUCCCAAGAAACCUUUAGAUGGAGCUCACGAGAUACAAAGUUUUUGCCUUGGUCAUACAGAGUUUGUGUCCUGCCUCGCCUUUCUUGUCACUGUGGAUUACCCUCAGGGGUUUCUUGUGUCUGGCAGUGGCGAUUCAACUGUUCGCUUGUGGGAUAUUAACUCUGGAACUCUCCUUGAUACCUGUGAAGUUGGUAGUAAGGCAGGAAUUGUAGACUAUGAUGGAAGUGAAGUGAGCUGUUCCACUGUCACUGAUCUAUGUACGAUUCCAGGCAGUAAUUUUGUUGCAGUGGCCAUUCAAAGCUUGCAAGGUAUACUCCUGAUGAGCUGUGAUCUUUCUUCUCAAACUUUUGGUGCUGUUAAGGUAGUUUCGAAUAUGGGAGAUAGCUUCAUUCCUACAAGCCUGGGCUGUAGCUCCUCUGCAGAACUAUUGUGGACCAUAACUGGUGUCUCUAAACUGCACGGUUCUGAUCACAACUCUUUGGCCUGUGUGAGGGUUCUUUCUGGUUUCAAGAAGACCAUUCCUGAUGCUGCUGGGCCUGAGCUGACUUUGUUGGACGAUAAUGAGGUACCUGGGGCAGAGAAACUGCUUGAGAAGUUGCAGGGAAGUGUGACUGUUGAGGAAGAGGUCUUCCUAGCAGCUGCUGAAGCUGUAAAAACAUCAAUGUGCAAUCUGUUAAUUAAGAAGCAGUACACAACAGAGAAACGAGAAUUUAGAAAGAGAGGUAGAAACGACAAGAAAACCAAGCAAUGACAGGAUCUCAACAUCGGUAACAUUCUUGCUACCCAGCAAAUUCUUGGGAGGUAUCCAUGCUGGAACGAUUUUGCAGCUCAGUUUCUUGUACAACUUCAGCUAUUUACUGUACAACAUUCUCAAAAAGAAAAAUAAAAUGAGGUGUUUAUUGUACAAGAAAAUGAAUGCACCGCACCUUCUUGCGACCAUGCAGAGGGAGUUGUAAACGACAGCUACUCUUUGCCCUUUUCUCUAUUGAUUUGACCUCGAAAUGUUUAAGGGUGAAA